CUUUCCCUCCAUCUCUUGCAGUAUGCAGUACUGGGCCAGGAGGCUGGAGCAGGAGAUUGAUGGAGUGAUGAGGAUAUUUGGUGGAGUCCAGCAGCUCAGAAAGAUCUACGAUGACAAUAAAAGCCUGUUUGAAGUCAAGGAGAAUGUGCCCAGGAAAUUGGUGGAGAAGGUCGCAGGGGACAUUGAGAGCCUCUUGGCCAAGAAAGUCCGUGCUUUAAAGAGACUUGCCAACGCGGCGGAGAAGUUCCAGAAGGCUCACCACUGGCAGGACAACAUCCGGGAGGAAGACAUCGAGUACUACGACUCCAAGGCCGACACUGAAUAUGAUGACCCCGAUGGAGAAGAGAUCGAGAGGGAGAAGUCCAACUCCUUGAAGCUGGAGUUCACUGAUGAUGACAACUUCAAGACUAAGGUUAACUAUUCCUACGCUGCUGUGCAGAUCCCCACGGACAUCUACAAAGGCUCCACCGUCAUCCUGAACGAGCUGAACUGGACGCAGGCCCUGGAGGAUGUUUUCAUCGAGAACCGCAAGGAGGAUCCCUCCCUGCUCUGGCAGGUCUUCGGCAGCGCCACUGGCGUCACCCGCUACUACCCCGCCACCCCAUGGAGAGCCCCCAACAAGAUCGACCUCUAUGACGUGCGCCGGCGGCCCUGGUACAUCCAGGGUGCCUCCUCCCCAAAGGACAUGGUCAUCAUUGUGGACGUGAGUGGCAGUGUGAGCGGCCUCACCCUCAAGCUGAUGAAGACCUCGGUCUAUGAGAUGCUGGACACCCUCUCAGAUGAUGACUAUGUCAAUGUGGCCUCGUUCAAUGAGAAGGCCAAGCCCGUGUCGUGCUUCAAGCACCUGGUGCAGGCCAACAUCCGCAACAAGAAGGUGUUCAAGGAGGACGUGCAGGGCAUGGUGGCCAAGGGCACCACAGACUACAAGGCUGGCUUUGAGUACGCCUUCGACCAGCUGCAGAAUUCCAACAUCACACGUGCCAACUGCAACAAGAUGAUCAUGAUGUUCACGGAUGGCGGCGAGGACCGAGUCCAGGACGUCUUUGAGAAGUACAACUGGCCCAACAAGACGGUGCGGGUCUUCACCUUCUCCGUGGGGCAGCACAACUACGACGUGACCCCGCUGCAGUGGAUGGCCUGUGCCAACAAAGGUUACUACUUCGAGAUCCCCUCCAUCGGCGCCAUCCGCAUUAACACGCAGGAGUACCUGGAUGUGCUGGGCAGGCCCAUGGUCCUGGCUGGGAACCGAGCCAAGCAGGUCCAGUGGACCAAUGUGUACCAGGAUGCCCUGGGGCUGGGCCUGGUGGUGACAGGAACGUUGCCUGUGUUCAACCUGACGGAGGACAGCAGUGACAGGAAGAACCAGCUCAUCCUGGGCGUGAUGGGGAUCGAUGUGGCUCUCAAUGACAUCAAGAGGCUGACGCCGCGUUACAACCUGGGGGCCAAUGGCUACGUCUUUGCCAUCGACCUGAACGGCUACGUCCUGCUGCACCCCAACCUGCAGCCCCAGAUCAUCAAUUUCCGUGAGCCGGUGACGCUGGACUUCCUGGAUGCUGAGCUGGAGGAUGAGAACAAGGAGGAGAUCCGGAGAAGCAUGAUUGAUGGCAAUGAUGGGCAGAGGUUCAUCAAGACCCUCAUCAAGUCCCUGGACGAGCAAUACAUCGACGAGGUGUUCCGGACCUACACGUGGGCUCCCAUCAAAAGCACAAACUACAGCCUGGGGCUGGUUCUGCCUCCCUACAGUACCUACUACAUCCAGGCCAACCUCAGCGACCAGAUCCUGCAAGUGAAGUUACCAAACAUCAAAAUGAAGGAUUUUGAAUACCUGCUGCCCAACAGCUUUGAGUCGGAGGGACAUGUGUUCAUUGCUCCCAGAGAGUAUUGCAAAGACCUCGACCUGUCGGAUAACAACACCGAGUUCCUGGAAAACUUUAUUGCCCUCAUGGAAAAGGUGACCCCAGACUCCAAGCAGUGCGACAACUUCCUCCUGCACAACCUAAUCCUGGACACGGGUAUCACACAGCAGCUGGUGGACCAAGUGUGGAAGGACCAGGACCUCAACACGUACAGCCUCUUGGCUGUCUUCGCAGCCACCGACGGGGGCAUCACCCGUGUCUUCCCCAACAAGGCCGCAGAUGACUGGGAGGAGGAGCCGGAGCCCUUCAACGCCAGCUUCUACCGGAGGAGCCUGGACAACAAGGGCUACAUCUUCAAGCCACCCUACCGCGAUGCUGGCUACCGGGGGCUGGACCUGGAGAACAACACCAUCGGGAUCCUGGUGAGCACCGCCGUGGAGCUCAGCAUCGGGGGCAAGACUCUGAAGCCCGCAGUGGUGGGGGUGAAGCUGGACCUGGAGGCCUGGGCUGAGAAGUUCAAAGUGCUGGCGAGCAACCGGACAGACCGAGACCAGCUGGGCACCCGCCGGUGUGACCCCUCAAGCAGCUGUGAGAUGGACUGUGAGGCCAACAACAAGGACCUCAUCUGUGUCCUCAUCGAUGAUGGGGGCUUCCUGGUGCUGUCCAACCAGGAGGAUCAUUGGUACCAGGUGGGCAAGUUCUUCAGCGAAGUGGAUGCCAACCUGAUGUCUGCCCUGUACAACAACUCCUUCUACGCCCGCAAGGAGUCCUAGUCCCUGUUCCAGCAGUUCCUGUACAGCCUCACCUACAGCAGCUGGUUCCAGACGGAGGAGGUGGUGGGGGACGGCAUGGAGGCCAGGGAGACGAGCUGCAUCAUGAAGCAGACCCAGUACUACUUCAGCACCGUCAACGCCACCUACAACGCCAUCAUCGACUGCGGCAACUGCUCCAGGCUCUUCCAUGCACAGAGACUGGCCAACACCAACCUGCUCUUCGUGGUGGCUGACAAGCCCAUCUGCAGCCAGUGUGAGUCUGUCAAGCUGCUGCAGGCAGAGGUAAGAGCUCCCCCGAGGGACCCCAACCAGUGUGAGCUGGUGGACAGGCCCCGCUACCGGAAAGGCCCCCACAUCUGCUUCGACUACAAUGCAACA